GCGUCGAUAGAAGGUUAUCGUAUCCGACCUUGUCGUGCCGCGUCUGUCAUAUCCGUCAGCCCGUCCACCGAAUUUUCUGUCGUUAAAACCUGCCAAUCACUGGACGAUCCGAUCGUGGUCGACAAUGUGAGUGCCCUCCUGACCAGUGACAGUGACCCCGCAUCAUGUUGGUGACCUUUUGACAUCAUCCUAACUGAGGGUGGUCACUGGGCAUUUGUGAACAGUGAGUUUGUGAGGAAUUUUUGUCGCUUGCUGCGCACAUGGCCUGGGGGUUUGCAGGCAUCUGCUGGCUGGCUGCGGCUGCCGCUGCGAGGCUUCUAGUCGCUGAACAACAAGUUGUGAGCGUGGAUGUACAGGCGGUGGAGGGCAAAAGUGUCGAGCUACCUUGCAACGUCACACCGCCAGGACACGAUAAGCUCUACAUGGUGUUCUGGUUUCGUGACAACGUCGGCAUCCCAUUAUAUAGCUUUGACAUGCGGGGCAAGCCGAUGAACCAGGCGAAGCACUGGUCGGACCGAGAAGUGUUCGGCGACAGAGCCUACUUCAGGACUCAGAUGGAUCCGGCGCGACUCGUCGUGGAAUCCAUCAGGCGCCAUGAUGAGGGUCUCUAUAGAUGCAGGGUGGAUUUCCGAAAUACACCAACCAGGAGCUUCCGUUAUAACCUUACAGUUAUUGUUCCGCCCGAAUAUCCUCUGGUCAUGGAUGCGUUUUCCAAGACAGUCAAUUCGACACUUGGGCCCUACGUAGAAGGUUCGAAUGUCACACUAACCUGCAGAGUGACUGGAGGUAAACCAGAGCCAGUGGUGCGGUGGCUGGUGAACGGAAACGUGGUGGACAGCAUUUACGAGCACAACGCCGGUAAUGUGAUUGAGAACCGCCACACGUGGCUGAGUCUGAGACGGCGCGACCUUCACUCGGUGUUCAGCUGUCAGGCGUCCAACACCGAGCUCACCGACCCCAAGGAGACGUCGCUCGUCCUCGAUCUACUCCUGAAACCUCUAACGGCCAAAAUCAUGAGUAAGCCGACGCCUCUGAAAGCUGACGAGAGGUACGAGGUGAAAUGUGAAUCGGCUGGAUCCAAGCCUCCAGCUGUUAUCACCUGGUACAAAGGAAAGAAAACGCUCAGAAAAGUCAAGGAUGAGUUCCGGGAUAACAAAAAUGUAACCAUCAGUACGCUCAUGUUCACACCGACCACAGAAGAUGAUGGCAAAGUCAUCACUUGCCGGGCUGAGAAUCCUCAAGUUCAGGGACAGUAUCAGGAAGAGCUGUGGACAAUACAAGUUGUUUAUCCGCCAAUCGUAUCGCUAUGGCUGGGGAGCACGCUGAACGCAUCGGACAUAAAAGAAGGAGAUGACGUUUAUUUCGAAUGUCAUGUCAAGUCGAACCCUCCAUGGAGAAAACUCGCCUGGUACCACAAUGGUGUACUCCUGAGCCACAAUGCAUCGGCUCGACUGAUACUGAUCAAUCAGAGCCUGGUGCUGCAGAAAGUGACCAGACAGAAUGCGGGCAUCUACGAGUGUUUGGCAGUCAACCAGGAAGGAGAAACAAGGAGUAACAAUUUAACACUCCGAGUAAAAUACGCACCAACCUGCAAGCAGGACCGCAUCCUGGUAGUGGGCGCAUCCCGCUCCGAGAACCUUCACAUCGUGUGCGAAGUGGAAGCAGACCCGCCGGCCAAAAGCUUCCGCUGGAAGUUCAACAACUCGGGCGAGACGAUGGACGUGGAGCCUGAGCGCUACACGACCAACGGCACUACCAGCCUGCUUUACUACACGCCCGUGGUCGACCUUGACUACGGCACCCUGUCGUGUUGGGCCGACAACGCAAUUGGCCAACAAAUUUCGCCCUGCGUUUUUCAGGUGGUCGUUGCAGGAAAACCGUUCCCAGUGCGCAACUGCACACUGUCGAACCAAACAAUGAACUCGGUGGAAGUGAGCUGUGUGGCCGGCUUUGACGGUGGACUGCCGCAGCAGUUUCUGCUCGAGCUCUAUUCCGCUGACUCAGCAGCGCGGCGUUAUAACGUCACGUCAGACGCGCCCUACUUUCUGCUACUCGACCUUGAGCCGGACGUCAUCUUCCGCAUCGUCAUAUACGCCGUCAACUCCAAGGGACGCAGUCAGGGCGUCUUCCUCGAGGAGAUCACCUUCUCCGAUGCCGAAAAACGGACAGCUAGUGACGCCGAUAUAGCGAUGUCGUGGCUGGGCAUUGCUCUUGGAGCGGGUCUCACGGUGCUGACCAUAAUCUGCUUCCUGCUGAUGAUGGUGAGACGGCAGCACCACUACACCAGUCCGCCCCUGGCGCCCGACAAGGCAACACAGAUCAGCACGGGCGGCGUCAAAACCUCUUCCAGGGAUCCCACCGACGAGAGGGAUCCUGAUGUUAUACCUGCCAAAUUUGAACCGCCUCCAGUGCUGGGCAACGGAACACUGCAAAGAACGCAACCGCCAGACGACCAGUCUAUGCAUUGGCCUACACAACAACAGCAACAGUACUCGUGGGAGUUGAGGCCGAAAGAGCUGCGUUUAGAGAGCAUCAGCCCCCCCACACCGAGCUCCCUAAACGCCGUUCCCACGACAGUGGUAGUUCCUGCGUCAGCCGUCGGCAGCGCCACCAGCAAGGACAUCGAACUCAACGGAACUGCCAUCAAGGAGAGACUGAUGGCCAGCCGCCUUCCUGAAAGUUGUGUAUGAUCUACCUAAGUGGACACUCUGUGAUAUUAUCCUAAUAUUAACUAAAUGCAUUUCUCUUCCUAUUUCAUCAUUGUGUAACCCGUCUCAUUUCCAAACAUACCCGGGGUCACCUUCUCUGUGUUUCCUGAUGUAGAUCUGACCCAUUUCCGUACAAAAUCAAUUUCUAUUAAGUUAUUUCAAACUAUUUUAUUGAUUGCAUGUACCUAAUAGUAUUGGUUGAUGAAUUCGAUGAGCUAGGUUCCGCUUUGAUAAGAAGUAGACCGUACAAACAGUCCAAAUUCAAACUGAGUCUAUUUAACUAUGGUGAUGAUUGUACCGUACCUCAAAGUAAAAAAUUUGACUUCUCGACAGUUCAAAAUUCAAAUUUCCAUUUGUCAUGAUACCAUACAAUUUUCAAAAACAGAAAACAAUUGAAUUACUUCAUUUUCCAGAUAAACAUGAAAUUAAAUAAUGCUUUAAGCAUUGAGUACAACAGGACUGUAUUCUUCCAAGUCUACUGGUGGAUAAUAUCAUAUACACCUCUUAUUCACCUGUAUUGGAGGUGGCUAUGAUAAUAUGCAUUAUCUUAUGUAAUUGAAUAUUUGAAGGAGAAUUAUGUGAUGUACAUCUAUUCCGCGUGAAGAAAAACGACAGAAUAAGUUGAAUCAGCAGAAGAUCCACUGAGAAUAGCGAAAACUUAUUGGUGCUCUCUGCCUCAUUAUUGUACAAUUCAAUAUUCAAAUCAUUCAUUACUUUGAUGACUUUUCAUAAUUGAUUUCAAUUUUCGUACUGAAUACAGUCCAGAUGUGCGAUAGGAUCUAAUCCUUUGAAUAGAUCACAUUUCUGUUUGGAAUUAAUUAUUCAUGUUGUUUCAUAUUCUAUUGUUGCUCUCUUAAUUCCGAAUCAUCAAUAGAACGUUAUAGUUUUCAUAGGUUUAGUUUCUCCAUCACUCUUAAGCAUUAAUUUAGAUCUGAAUUUCCAAAUUAUUCCGAACUAUUGCUGUUUGUUACAGAUCUGAUAGUAAUUAUAGGCCUUUGAUAAUACGUAUCUCAUUCUUAGAUCACCUUCACAUCAAAAGAGGCAAUUCUCUCAUGAAUGAGAUAGGAAUAUUAUUAAUUGAAACGUUCCUGCAAUAAAUUGGGGAAAAAUAUUCUUAAAUUUUUCUCUUGUAACCAUGAACUAAUUAUUUUUCAUCCUGAAAAUUGGAGAAUUUCUCUCCCAACUUCACUUUAUUAUCAAGUGCCUCUCAUGAGUUACUGAUGUAUAGAAAUAUUGCUACAAUAUGACUGUGAAUAUGUUCUCUACUCGAUAAACCCUUUUGUUUUAGUAUUGCAAACGCAUUUUACAUUCGCAACUCGACUGUUCUGUGUGUUCAGUCUAGCAUAUUAUUUCAAAAUACAUUCUGAAACGCAUGGGAAAACUCCUUUGUUGGAAAAGGAAAAGCUACUCUGUAAAAGCAAUGCGUGAAUAAAAGGACACGUAGUCUUUAUUCACGUGUAAAAUUUUAAGGGUUUCCUUUCUCAAAUUUAUUGUUUGGAGAUGUUUUGUAGCAUUCUCCCAUACCACUCUUACAAGAAGUUGAGUAUAUCGACAUUCCACGUGUUCUCCAUUUUUUCAUCUUUGACGACUCACAACGAGAAGAAAUUGCAUUUUCAUUCAGGAGAGAAAUUGGAGGGGAACCAAGUGAUGAAAGAAACUGAAUUCCUUGCGAGAUGAUGCCUCCUCUACUCAGAGAUUUUCUAUGCUGGUAAAUACCAUGUGUUAUAUCGUACAAUAUCAAUAGAAAAUUAUCUUCAACUUUAUAAGGUUAGCCGCAAGUUCCAGAUUUUUUAAACAUGAAAGAUUUUAUUUUCCUGGAACAUAAUUCUAUUCAUUUAUUUAUUCAUCACAAUAUUACAUAAUAAAGUAAGUAACAUAUGCAAGCUCUUUCGAGCAUGACCGCAUAUGGAAGUAUCGAAUACAUAUAAAGUAUGAAUUUCACAAUGAUAUCGAUUGAAAAAAAAUAUAUAUAUAUAUAUACAUAAUUCAACAAGAAUGAACUUUGAAGGUUUGAACAUCAUAAUUUUUUCCCUCUAAAAUUUUAACUGACAAUGAUUAUUAUUGUAGUAUGAAUAUACUUCAAUUUAAAAUUGGAUGAAAAUUACACUUAAUCUUUUUGACAAGGAACAGUAUUCAAUUGAAAAUUCGCAUUUAUAGAAGGGCAAUGCUGGAGAGAGUAGGGAAACUUCUGAGAGCGGCUUCAGAUGUGCAUUGCUGUAAACUGCGAAACUGGAAACUGUUGUUUUCGAGCUUUCGAUCACUCAAUUUUUGAAGAGACAUUGGAUGUUGCUCAUUUCCCUGCAAAUGAAUAUUUUCUCAACCACGAUAACGUAACAGGCUCACUAAGGAUACUCUUUGACUCACCUGGUAGGGACGUAACAAAUAUCUCCCUGACAAAUUUCUCGAACUACAAAUUUCCCCCGCAUAUCUUUGUUGUAUAUCUUUUCUGUAAGUCAGAAGUUGUCUUCUAUUGGAUUGAAGAGGGCUAUGUUUGUCGAUAUUAUCAAGUACUUGUCUCAAAUCAAUUAAAAAAAACCUUCUUUACAUAAAUUAGGUGAUCUCAGUUUUUCAAAUUUUUCUGCAGUACAGCACUUAAAAAUCUUUAAGGAGAACCCCGCAGAUUCAAAUACAAAUAUCAGGAAUAUGACUCAAAAAUCGGAAUUCAUUUGAGGUAAAGUUCGAAGUUGAAGGUCCAAGGAUGAUGAUAACUUAUUUGUAAUUGUGGAUGAAUUCAAUACUAAUUAUGAAUCGAUCAUAAACUAUGUCGCUUGGAAUACAUGUGUCUAUGAUUUUUUCGAAGUUGAAAUGAUUCAAUGAUAAUCAUAGGUACAAAUUUUCGGAGGAGACUAUUGAUUCAACUUAUAAAUUCUACUCAUGAGUUUCAAAUGGGUCAAAGAUCUCUUCAGGACAAUCCCAGAUUCCCUUCAUCCUUGACUUCUCAUUGUUAUAGAUUCUAAGACGAUAUUAUACCUUCAUAAAAAAAUAAACUCAGAAAUUUCUCAUACCUUCUAUCCUAGUCUAAGGUAAUACUUUGUAGAUUUUUGUACAAACGUGAAAUUUAUUAUUGUUUAAGACUUAAUUAGUGGUAAGUUGAAUUAGUUCUAAGCACGGUAAACUGACAACUUCGAAAGGCCUAAUUUAUGAGGCUAGUUUAUUAUCAUUUUUAGUGAAACGUUACAGUAUUUGAUUGUUGAGCUAUUUGUUAGAAUAUUGAGAGUCGAUUAUUGUUUGUUGAUUAUAAACUGGAUGCGUAAUUCAUGUUCAGUUGACUCCUAUCAGAAUGUUUCAAGUGUGAGCAUAGUACGUCCAUAAUCAAUUCCACACUAGCUUUCCAACAUUCAAGAUGAGGGUAUUCUUUAUAUUUAUUCUGAAGAUUAUUGGAAUGAAUAGAGUGGAUUUCAAAGUACAAUAUCUCCAAGAAACAUUUCACUGUACUAUGAUAUAUACAAUUAUACUCUUCUCAUUUAAGGAGAAUCAGGGUUUCUCAUCCACAUUCACUAUUUCUGUCAUUAGCAUAGUCACCUCUAAUACUGCAUUAAAGGUGGCUAUGCCAUUGUCCAUGCUCUAUGGAGUUGUGUUAUUUUCUAGAUAAUCACUUGUACCCUUUUUUGAGAAAAUUGUAUCAGUUAAAACUUUUAUGACUUUUAUAUACGAACAAACAUUAAAAUCGAUAUUCGUUGAAUUCUCCAAGAAAUCGUAGAAUUUUCUGGGAAAUUAUAUGUAUUUUAUUAACAUGCAUAAUAAAUUUUCCGAGAUUGUGACAAGUCAAAUUUGAUUCAAUGUUGAUAUUUUAAUUUAUCGAUUAUUAUUUUGUAGCCCAAAGUGAGCCAUCAUCAGUUAAUUCUGCCAAUACAGGUUACACAAUGCAUUAUUUGGAAUUCAUUCUUGGGAAGAGCGGGAGUUAUUUUUGAGAAUGGAAUUCAUGCUGAGCGGAAAAGAAAGGGUCUCCAAUCACGUAAAAGUCGUUUAUUAUCAAACCAAUUUCAAAGAGAAAACGCGCAUGAACUGGAGGAAAGUAAGAGAUCACAAAGAGAAGAAUAAUGAUGAUUGAGAGUAUACAGAGAGCUAGCAAGAAUAGAGAGACUCACGAGAGAGAGAGAGAGUGAGUGAGUGAGUGGGAGUGAAAGACUCGCCAAAUUCAACAUAGCCUUGCUUGCGUUUGUUUAAUCUUGCCACAUUAAGUUUCACAAACGAUUUAAUCCGAAAUUGGACUCUUCUGCCUGAAUACUGAAAGUGAACUUCUCUUUAGAUUCCCGCUCGAACCGAUUAUCAGAGCUUUGCUUGAUUGAUCAGACCCGCCACCCCGGAAUUAUUUCACUACUCUUCCUUCUGACAAUUCUUAUUCCAUUACGAAAACAUUUGAAACUCCAUUCCAAGUUGGUGAUACUAAAACGGUUUGGUUGAAUCUCAUUUUAAACACUUGAGAGUUUCUUAUCAAGCGAUAUUGGUCUUGUUAUUUUUCCUUGUUCUUUUUAGACCUUGUUCGACCCUCAAAACUAACGUUUGAAUUACUUUAUUCCAAAAAACCUUUUUUCUUCAACAAAACCUAUUUUAUCAUUCAGAGAUUCUCGACAUAUGACAAAGAAAUAUCUUGGAUAGACCUAUCAUAUUUUUUAUUUGUUUGAAGUAUAGUUGAAAACAAUUUAGGAAAAAUAUAUACCGAUCAUACCAAACUUUGGAAGCUCGAUUAGAUUUUAAACUUAUCCUGAUCGUCUCUAAAAAUGUAUGUCAAGUCUAUGGAAUGAUGAAAUUGAACUGUUAUUUUUUUUUCUUUGAAGUAUGAUUGGAAAUAAUUUAGAAAAUAUGUAAUGAUCAUACCAAACUUUGGAAGCUCGAUGAAAUUUUAUCUUAACGUGAUCGGCUCUCAAAAUGUAUGUCAAGUCUAUGGAAUGAUGAAAUUGAACUAUUUUUUUUUUCUUUGAAGUAUGAUUGGGAAUAAUUUAGAAAAUAUGUAAUGAUCAUACCAAACUUUGGAAGCUCGAUGAAAUUUUUAUCUUAACGUGAUCGGCUCUAAAAAUGUAUGUCAAGUCUUUGUAAUGAUGAAAUUAUUAUACUACAAUAUAAUAAUUAUCACAUAAUCUUGAUUGUGUGAUGACCUAUUGUAAUGAAGUUUCAUACACGUUUCAACGGUAUAAAUAUAUGUUUCAAUCAGUAUUCAAAAUCAUCAGAUUUUAGAUAAAUCGGAACUUUGAGAUCCACUCUUAUCAAUUUGUUUGUAUUAGGCCUAUUGUCUUCUGAUGAGUGAUGUUUUGCAUCAUUGUAUAAAAAUUGAACAAUGUACAGUGUAACGACCCGUUUUCUAUCUGUAUGUAUCAGUGUAAAUAGCAAUUGGUUUCGAAUGACGAAUGCACGUUGUUUUUGUAUAUCACCGGAAUGAAUGCAACGAAAUCAAUCGUAUCAAUAAGACUUCAAUGUGUCUUGUGAGAAAUUAUUAGAAAAUGUUAAUAAGUUGAAACUCCACCAUAUGAUGGUUGUAAAUAAAGAUGAACGUAAGAACAAUAA